AGGCCCCGCCCCGCAGCCGCGGAGGGAUUUGGAAGGGUCCCGGCAGCCCUUGGCCACAAGGGGUGUGCAGGCCACCUACAGAGAGGCGGAAGGGAGAGAGGGGCAGAGGCUGGCCUGAAGCUGGGGCCUUGGAGGUCUGUGCCCAGCAUCGCCCGCCAGAGGCGCACGAUCCCACCGGCCCCGCCCAUCUCAGGUGGAGCUGGUUGCCCUCUCUGCCAGAAGCGCCCCCCCACCCCAGGUGGGGCUCAUAGGGUGGGCCUGGCGUGGGCGGGACGCGGCGAGAGACUUGGGAACGGGGGCUGGGCUGAGCUGGGCUGAGCGACAUGGAGGCCGAGCCAACCCCGGAUUUUAUGCUCCGAGAGCUGCGGGCGCCGCCCUGUUUGCACCCCGAGCCUCCCCCAGGAACCCCUGCCCAGAACGCACCAAGGACCCCAGGAUGCUUCAGACCCAGUGGCAGGUACUUCUGGUCUGCACACCAGGACUCCGUCACUGCCCUGCGCUUCCUCCAAGAGACAGCAGAGGGGCUGGCGCAGCCCCCCGCCUGGGACACCCAGGCCCAGGGGCCCUGCUGGAAGCCAAAGGCCCUGAGGACUCCGGGACCCUUACCUCUGGCCAAGGAUGCCAAGAACAUGCUGAGCCACAGCCCAGGGCCCCCAGAGGCUCCCCCAGCCUCUUCCGCCCAGCCACAGAGAAAGCCCAGAAAGCAGCCGAAUCCCCAGCGGGGCGCCGAGAAAGUGGACCCCCUGUUUGAGGGGGUGACCCUGAAGUUUCAAAUAAAGCCGGAUUGCAGCCUACAGAUCAUACCCAGCUACAGCCUAGCCUGCAGCAGCCGCUCUCAGGGUCCCAUGACAGGCCCUGCCCGAGGCCCAGAGGCCAACCUGGGAGGCAGUGAAGCCCUGGGGCCCCGACGCUGUGCUUCCUGUAGGACCCAGAGGACCCCGCUCUGGAGAGAUGCCGAAGAUGGGACCCCGCUCUGCAAUGCCUGUGGCAUCAGGUACAAGAAAUAUGGCACUCGGUGCUCUAGCUGCUGGCUGGUGCCCAGGAAAAAUGUCCAGCCCAAGAGGCUAUGUGGCAGAUGCGGGGUGUCCCUGGGCCCCCACCCAGUCCCAACUCAGGAAGGGUAAGCCCUUCCUCACCCAGCCAAGCCUCUCCUGCCUCAGUUUCUCCAGGGGGAGAACGGGCAGACGCCUUCCUAGGGGAAAGAGCCUGAGUCCUGAGGGGUCCAGCCUGCCUCCUCUCUGCCCCUUCCCCAUUCAGAGACCCCCAAGUGCAAAGUCCUGGCUCAGGGGGUCACUGGCCCCCUUCCCGGCCCCUGCUUCCAUCAGGCUUGGCUGAGCAUCCCCCACCCUCAAGAAAUGCCCUCUGCUGUGACACUGAUAUUGUUAAUAGCAGUGACAAUAAAGAGUAGAACUAUUCAGAGAAGGGG